AUGGAUAAGAUGAAAAAGCUUAUAGAGGACAGGCUUGACGUACGGUAUGUCGUCGAGAACGUCCACUAUUCGCGGUCGAACCGCCGGAAGAUGUCGAAUUCAAUCCAGGACAUCAACGACAUCGACGACCUCCGCCAGGUGCUCCUCAUUGCCCACGGCGUCCGGGCAAGGCUGCGGAGAUGGGCGGUUUGCCGUGACAUCGACCCCCACAUCGACCGCAUCAGGAAGGACAUCGACCCCUACAUCGCGGUGCGGGCUGCUCCAGUGGCGGGCGCGCGGGCUGAUCCAGUGGAGUGCGCGACGCGGCCUGCUCUAGUGGCGCGCGCGCAGAUCACUGGUGAUGAUAACGGCCAUCUUGCCAUUGACUGCCACAAGAGUGGGCUCAACUCGAUGCUGGCGUGUCCCACGGAAGCGGCGGCUGCUGGUGAUGGCGUUGCAUCGGUGGCGGAGCACAUCAGACCGAUCAGGUUGGUCUCCAUCGUCAGCCACGACGCCGACCGCAGCAUUACCACUGAGGUUGCCAAGGGGGUGUUCGACGACCUCAAAAGGAAUUACGCGGCGGCGGCGUUAGUCUCUGUGUCGUCUGCCUCUACACGCGGCGGCGGUGGCUGUAUUGACAUCCUCACACGCAUGUAUAACGAAGUGAACCCGGCAUACAACGCCGACAGCUUGUGGAACAAGAAGAGACUCAUGCAAGAAAUCAGAAAUUUCCUCGAGAAUAAGAGAUCGGGUCUAUCAGUUGUCAUGACUGCACCAGCUGGGUGUCCCCAUCGUCCAUGCCUUCUUGACCCAUGGUCGUCCUCCGACUCCGAGACGAGCACAUUGUUAAGAUUGCCAGGCUGGCUCCACUCGCCAUCGGCACCAUGUAAGCUCUCCAGUCUAUGCAUCACGGUCCAGGCACUGGAGCAGAACGAUCUUGACAUGCUUGGCAAGUGUGGUGCUCUUCGGUUCCUUGGUUUGCAGGUUGAAGGAGACACAAAAAAGGGGUUCAACAUUACAGUUAGUGGCGGGGCUUUCAAGCGUCUGGUAGACUUCAAGUUUGCAAGUCGCGCAAGGAGCCGAGACAGGACCCAGGCCGCCAGGGCUCAGGGCGUGGAGCUGGAAGGCGGUCCGGGGCCUGCUGCACCACGGGAACCGGUGCUCAAGUUUGAAGAAGGCGUCAUGCCUGAACUUGAGACGCUUUCGUUGAGCGUACAUGUUCCUGUUGGUGAUUCAGUGGACCUGGGCUUGCAGCACCUCGCCUCCCUCAAGACGGCGCACAUUAGGAUCGACUGUAGCGACGCCACGGUUUGGGAGGUGAGCAAAGCAGAGGCUGCCCUGUGGGUCGCAGCCAACCAGGAUCGACGGGAACCAGUGACCCUUGACUUCCCCCGAGAUUUCGAGACUCAGAUGAAGAAUGAUUGCGAUACACACGCCGAGAUCGGUCUAUGGGGUCCGGAAGAAGGGGGCGAGGGGUACAACAAGGAUGGGGACGACGAGAGACCCCAUCGUCUGGAGAAUGUGACGGUGUGGACCGGCAAAGUCGUAGACGCCCUUGAGUAUUCCUACCUCGACUGUUCUGGCAACCUUCGGUCUAUGGAUAGGAAUGAUGCUCGGUGGGGCAGUCGCGGCGGGGUACGAUAUAAGUUCAAGCUCGGACCGGAGGAGUUCCUCGAGCGAGUUUCCGGGACGAUCGGCCGGUACCAGCACGGAUCAGAAGUUCUGACAAUUAUAACGUCGCUCACCUUCGUUACCAAUCUAUGCCAGCACGGACCUCUUGGAGUAGAAAGGGGGCAUCAUUUCCACAUCCCACGGCAGGGGGACGGCAGAAUUACGGGCUUCUUUCUCCGUGCUGGCAAGUUCGUGGACGCUAUCGGUGUUUAUAUCUGCGCAGGCCCGCACUGCGUUUCCAGUGUAACAGAUUUACUGACAAAUACCUCCUCCUAG